AUGGCGAACAAGGAGAGAGUUUAUCGAGAAAUCGGGGACGUUGUCCAGCUUCGACUAUACCAUCAUUACAAGUAUCAACGAGCUACGAAGCACCUCCGUGACCUAUACAAAGCACACAAAGAUGGAUUACUUGAUCUUGCAAAGCAUGCUAUAAGCGAAAUAGAAGUUAUCAAUUCACGGAUUUGCAGUCUCAAUGAGGAAAAUAAACUACCGACAGACCUAGGGACGAUUGACUAUGGAACAUUCUUGUACGCUUGGGAUGAAGAGAGAGGCAAAAAUUAUACCAAGGUCGUCCUGGAAGAGUUUUGCCAAAGAAAGAGAUAUUUCAAAGGAUGGAGCACCCUCCCCCCAAGCCAUGACUUUCGCUAUUUUGAGGAAUCAGUUUCCUCGCCUGGUGAAGGCCGACCAGCAAUCUGGGACAUACUGAGUUCAUGGUUGCAGCUAUUCUGGAAUCUAUGCAAGCACAAUCAGGAGCAAUGUCUUGCGAGCGAUUGCGAAAUGCAGCUGCUGAAUUAUGUGAAGAACGGAGGCUUUUCAUUACACUGCAACGCUAUUAAGUACCGCCACCACGCCCUUUGUACUGUUGUUGUGUGCCUGAGGGAAAUGAGCAAAUAUUUGAACAAUUGGAAGACGAAACAACAGUCCACUUUCUCGGCUUUCGAGUAUGGGAUUCGAAGGGAAGACAUACGAAGGAUAUGCGAAUUCGAAGGGCUUCCGAUUGAAUGGAUCCCCAACAACAUUGAUGUAGAGGGACAGGGUCAGACGAAGGUCCGCAUCAAGGGCUGAAGCAUGCCUCAACAGACCCUGUUUCCAGAUAUAGUAUGUUUGUCGUACUGUUAAAUACUGAAGUGAGCAAUUUUGUUUAUGGUGCAUGUCGCUGCAUAGAGUGUUGUGAUCUCUGUGUUGAGGUAUACGAUGUUUCUACAGUGAGCAACACUUUCUACCAUCCUCUGGCCAUCACUGGCCAGCUCCCAAAGUUUUUUCUAGUCUGACUCCCAGUAGAAUGUACCGGGAGUGGAGGAAGAAACCCUAGCGUUUGAACACAGCCCACGGGUAGCAUAUAUUUGAUGGCCCAGAAGAUAUAUAUAUAGUAGCGGCACUUCAGUACAUACGGAAUUUGAGCAAACUCUGAAU